AUGGCUGCCUCUGAUAUCUCCAACGGUCUCGACAUGGACAUUGACUCCAAGAUGCACGACGAGCCUCUUCUAGGCCCCGAUGGCGAACCCGCUCCCAAGACUGACGAAGAAUAUGCCGAGGCCCAGCUGACUUUGCGAGCCAUUGUCUCUUCCAAGGAAGCCGGUGUCAUCAUCGGCAAGGGCGGAAAGAACGUUGCCGACCUCCGCGACGAAACUGGCGUGAAGGCUGGCGUCAGCAAGGUUGUCCAGGGCGUUCAUGACCGUGUUCUUACCAUUACUGGUGGCUGCGAUGCCAUCGCACGAGCCUACGCUAUCGUUGCCCGUGCCCUAGUUGAGGGCGCGCCCUCUGUCGGCAUGGGCGGGGUUAUCCAGAGCAACGGCACUCACCCCAUCAAGCUGCUCAUCUCGCAUAACCAGAUGGGCACCAUCAUUGGCCGUCAGGGCCUCAAGAUCAAGCACAUCCAAGAUGUCUCGGGUGUGCGCAUGGUCGCCCAAAAGGAUAUGCUCCCUCAGUCUACAGAACGCAUUGUCGAGGUCCAAGGAACCCCGGAGGGCAUCAAGCAGGCAAUUUGGGAGAUUGCAAAGUGCUUGGUUGACGACUGGCAGCGCGGCACCGGCACCGUCCUCUAUAACCCGGCCGUCCGUACCCAGGGCGGAAGCCCGACCAGCGGCGGCAGCUUCACCGGUGGCAAUGGUGGUGGCAGCAGCAGCUCCAACUACGGCACUAGCGGGGUUGGCAGCAGCAGGAACGAGUAUGGAAGCUCGCGACUGACGCGCACGGGCAAUGGAACCGACUUUAGCAAUGGUGGCUCGCGCUCCUACAACCGCCAAUGGGAAGAGAUCCAGACUCAGAACAUUAGCAUCCCGGCUGAUAUGGUUGGUUGCAUCAUUGGUCGCGCUGGAAGCAAGAUUAGUGAGAUCCGCAAGGCCUCGGGCGCCCGCAUCUCGAUUGCCAAGGCUCCUCACGAUGAGACUGGCGAGCGAAUGUUCACGAUCAUGGGCACAGCCAAGGCCAAUGAAUCUGCCCUCUUCCUCCUUUAUGAGAACCUCGAGGCUGAGAAGAUGCGACGAAGCCAGCCCCAGCCCAACGAGUAG